GAGGGAGGGAGAGAGAGAGAGAGCGACGGCAAAGGCGAAGAGCAACGAUCGUGACUCGAUAAGAAUUGCGCGCGGUAAAAACGAACGGCCGACGAAAGACAUGGAAAAAAAUUGGAACAGCGUAGCGAAGAAAAGGUUAUACGUAUGCACGAUACGCGUGUAGAUCGCGCGCUUACGAGUGGACGAGCGGUGGAAGUACGUAGCGCGAAGGGUGAAUACGAAACGCGAACACGAAGGAACACGAGAACACGACGCAUGCUCCGAAGCAUUUUCCCAGGGUGAUUUCUUCGACGAAGCGAACCUGGCAGACCGUCGUUCGGUCGUUACGAGGAUGAAUCGGUGAUCGGACGUAUCGCGAAUCGCGAACUACGAUAUGGAACAGGUGUAUCGAUUGCUAUUAGCGAGUCUUACGGUAUCGCGUUCCGUGAAAGUAAGCAGCAUCGGUGAUUCGAACGAUCGAUCGAAUUAAACGGUAACGAGAGACGUGUUUGUGCGAGUGAGAGAGAGAGAGAGAGAGAGUGAAAGAGAGAGUGACACACGGCAUCGGUACACGCGUACACACGCAACGGUCGAGGAAAGAAGUUGUCGAGGGACGAGGGGAUCCGUUUGAAAAUCAUCGCGAUAGAAUCGUUGGAAGUCGGUUCGAUCGAAAGUACGUAAUUAAAAUUCGAUCGAACGUCGAGGUUCCGAACGUUCGAUGCGCGAACUAAAGAAUAUUCGACAGGUAGAGUUAUGGCCGGCUGAACGCGAUAUCCGACGAGAGAGGCGGCGGGUGGCGACCAUCUGGAUGCGUACCGACGUCGGAUAGAGGGGAUCCGGGCAUCGCUGUAAAACGAAUGCGCACCACCUGUAGCUCGAUAUCUACGCCCGAAAGGUCAACCGCCCCAUCGUUCUCGAAUUUCUGCCGAAACGAUAAUUUCGAGCCGUGGGGUUUCACUCUGAAAAGAAGAAGGAGAAGAACCGAAGCGAGAAGAAAGCGAAGAAAUGAGGAAUAUAGAACGAGAGGUGGGAAAAGAGGAAUUGUAACGGAAGAAGAAGAAGAAGAAGAAGAAGAAGAAGAAGAAGAAGAAGAAGAGAGUCUGCGUUGUUCCAUAGUUGCGACUUUUCCUCGAUAAAUUAAAAUUAGUCCGGGGAACGAUGCCCGUUGGCGGAUUCGUCGAGAUCUAAACGCGUUUCCGUCGUACGCGACGGAUAAUCGUUGCAUCGAAAUCGUGUGAUUCGAAUCGAAUCGAAUCGAAUCGACGUUAACGAUGACCGAAGGGGCUACGAACAAAUGGAGCAUCGAGGAACGGGAGAAAAUGUUGUCUACCGGAACGUUGGAUCAGAAGAAAGACGCUUUUAAAGACGACGAGGAACUUAUGAAGGGAACGUCGGAGUUCGUCAAGGGCGUUAUAGAAACAGCGUCCACGGAAGCAUCGAAAAGGAAACUCUACUCGGAGGGAAGCGGCGUCCACGAAGGAUCCGGACUGAAAGGUACCGACGGUAUCGCUGGCUGGAACCAUCGUGCACGUGGAUUCUGCAACCGAAUACUGAACGCGCUCUGCCCGUGCUUGAACAGCAAUGAAUUAUUCGCCUGGACAUCGUACCGGCAUCGUUUCACAAGACCUUAGUCGGUCGCUGCCUUCCGGAGUAUCGUACAUUGCGGUACGUACGCUGCGAACUCGAUCGAUGCAACGAUUCGGCGAAAAGCACGAUCGGAUGCGACGACGUUCGACGCGUCGGGCAUUCGAAUACGGCAUCGACGUUCGCUCGUUCGACGUUAUCGUUUGUCGCGCAUGUUUUUACUUUAUCGUAUCCCGCUUUUUACUUCGAACGGACACGCGAUACGGUAUACGCGAUGAAAGUUUGUUCGAAAAGAUUCGAUAUGUACGCGGUGAUGCGUUUCAAGAUGCGUCUACGUUUGUUACCGACUCUCUCCUGUUACCGUUGUCCGUAAUCCAUUCGUGUAACGAACGUUACGUUACAACUCUGUAUACGUAUACGUACACGUGUACGCGUGUACACGUUGUCGCAAGCUAUUGCUCGUUGCGUGGAUUACCGCAACGGGAGAUGUAUGCGCGUAGACGCAGCUUCGGCUCUACAUCGAAACGCUCUCUUCGCGCUAAAUAUCAUUUUAUCCAGAAGAA